AUGCGGCUUAUCACCGUCUCAACUUUGCUCCUGUUCUUCUCCAGCUCAGGACUGGCUCUGCAGAUUCAGUGCUACCAGUGUGAGGAGAUGACACAUGACUGCUCCACCCCAGAAUUCAUCGUCAACUGCACUGUGAAUGUGCAGGACAUGUGCCAGAAGGAGGUUCUGGUGAAGGAUGAUGGGACUCACUACCGCAAGUCCUGCGCCUCAUCUGGAGCUUGUCUGAUUGCUUCCUCUGGCUACCAGCAGUUUUGUACCAGCAAGCUCAACUCAGUGUGCAUCACCUGCUGUAACACACCGCUGUGUAAUGGACCACGCCAGAAGAGGCGCCCCCAACAGUCCGCUGCCAUCACUCUGACCACGCCACUGCUCCCUGUAUUUUCUGUCUACAUCCUCCUACUCCCCCUCACCCUCUGCUGA